AUGUCUUAACCAUUAAGGUAUGGUUAAAUUAUUUCACUUAAACCAUCUGAAAUGGAUCAUAUGUUUGUUAUAAGUGAUGGCCACAUAAAAACUAAAGCAUAAAUCUUUGAAAUUAAAGCAAAGAAGGUAGCUUCUGGAACACUUUUUUUUUAAAGUUUAUUUCAAAUAUACCCUUAAUUUCAAACUUCGAAAAUUGAUUAAGCAUUGAAAUUGGAGAGAGAAUUAUAAAAAGAGAAAUAUUAAAAAGAGAGUAUGAAACUUAAUAAGAUAAAGGAAAUGGAAGAAAAGGUAUUUUAAGAAUACAAGUAAAAUAUUGAAACAGCAGAAAAAAAUAAAGAUUAAACAUUUACAAUGGCUUAACCUGUAUAGUUUUUACAUUUAUCAAGUAACAAAUUCUUAGCAUGUAAUUAUUUGGAGGCAGAUGAAGAAAAAGAAAAUUUUAAAUUAGAAUUGAAUGAAUAUCCUUCUGAUAACACUUGUUUUAGAUUAAUGUCUGCAUAUUUACAUUAAACAAGAGCUGAUGGAUUGAUUUAUGCAGAUGAACCUUUAUUUAUAAUAAUGGAUAAGAUAUACCUUGGUAUGAAACCAUAUCUCCAUAUGAGUGAAUCUACAAAGCGUUAUAAUAAUCAUUUAAUAUUGGCUUCAAGAACUAUGUUCAAUUUCCCAAAUGCAAAAGGUCUUCAAAGAAAAAUAAUAUCUGGUCAAAUUAAAAGUAAGUAAUCGAGAAUAGAUCUUAAUAAUUUAUAAGAACCAAAUACUCAAACAAUGUUAAUGGCACUUGAUUAUAAAAAAAAAUAAGAUUUAGAAUUAGCCCAUUAAUCAGCAUCAGCAGAAUCUAUUUAGAAAAAAGAGAUUAAUGUUUCUUUAGAAAAGAGAUCUCCUUUUCUUAUUUCAGUUUUUUCAAAUACAGAAGAAGAUGAAAAUAAAAUCUAUUUUGGAGAUGUAAUUUGGCUACAUCAUAUUGAACUUAAUGCUAUAUUAGUAACUGCUAAAAAUAUGUCAGAUGAAAUCAUAGUAUCACUUUAAUAAACAAAAAAUGAUUAAUUGGGUGAAUUUAUAGGAAAUACAAAUGGGAUGUGGUAUAUAGAGAGUUUAAAUAUGAAAGGAGGUCCUGUAGAAUGGGGUUAAAUAUUUAGAUUAAGACAUUUCUCUUUAGGAAAAUAUUUAGCUGUUUAAAAAGAAUAAGAUAGAGAUUCUGAUACAUUCUCUUGCUUUUAUUUAGAAGAUAAAUAAAGUGAAAAUUCUUUAUUGUAAUUCUUAGCACUUCCUAGUUCUAUUAAUGAAAAUUAAAAAUAUGUGACAAAAGAUGGUUUUUUCAAAUUAAAAAAUAAUAAAAAAUGGAUUUAAUUUAUUGAUAAACAUCCUGACUCUGAUUCAUCUAUAGUUAUGUUGAGAUUAAGUGAUAAUUGUAAAGAUGAUGAUGUUCUUAAAUGUUAUAAAGCUAAUUUAAAUGAAAUUUAGGAAACAUCUUUUUUAGUCUCUUGUUUUCCUGUUAUGAGAAAGACUUUAUCUAUUUUAACAGACUUAGCAACUAAAGAUUAUAAAAGAAUUUAUUAGGAUAAAAAUAUUAAAUUUCCUAAGAAAAUUACAUAGUUAAAAAAGGUAUUAUAAGAUUUAACACGAUUUUGUUCAAAUUAAUUUCUAAUUAGUAGUUAAAAUAGAUAGAAAGUUUUAAAAGAAUAAUAUUUUAUAGAUAUUUUAUUAGAAAUCUUGUGUAAUAUCAGUAAUGAAGGGGAAAUAAAAGAAUAUUUAGAUUUGACAAGAAAAAAGAAAGGUCAUGGAUUUUAAGAUACUUUUCAUAAAUCAGCAGCUUAAAAAUUACAUUCUGCAGCUUUUUAAGUUAAAGAUUAAUUACUAUCAGAUUUUGGACAAGUUGCUUCAAGAAUUCAAUCAGAUAAUGAUAAAAAAUAAUUGAAAUAAUAUAUUGGAGAAAAAUUUGAAGUUAUAAAAAUGAUAUAUCAAUUAUUGAUAUGUAUUUGUAAAGAUAAUAAUUAAAAUGAAGAAUAUGUAUAUGAGAGAGUAGCUAAAUUUUAAUAUUAAGCAAAAUUUUUUAAAGAAACAACAGAUUUCAUAAUUUCUUUACUUAAAAAUAAUGAAUAAUUAUUAUAAAAUCUAACUGAAAAAAUUCGUUUAUCAGAAUAAAAACAAAGAAGAAAAAGACAUGAAUCAAUUAAGUAAUAACGACUUGAUAAUAGUUUAAUAUAAAAGGAUCCUAAUAAUAUUGUUUUAUUUUAUAAAAAAUUAGUAGAGGAAUCAAUGAAUUCUAAAGAUUAUAUUGAAUUUUUUAGAACAAUAUGUAAAUAUAAUAACAAAGGUUUGUCAGUAAAUUAAGAAACGAUUUAUAAAAAAUGUUAAGAAAAUCCAAAAUUUAAUGAUGCAUUGUUUUGGAAAAUAAAUUGUAUGUUUAAUGAGAUGUUGAUUGAAAAGGAUAUUGAAAAAAAAACAAUAUCUUAAUUAAAUAAAGAAGAAUUGGAAUCAUUUGUAGCAUAAUUGAGAUUAUAUUCAGACUUAGCACUUUCUAGAAAUUUUUAAUGGAAAGGGAUACUUGAAAAGAAGUUUCCUAAGUAAUUUACAUUUGAAUAAAUUUUUAAUUAAGAAUUAGAUGCUGAUGUAAGAUCUGCACUUUGUAAUUUAGCAUUAACAGUUUAUAUUGAUCAUGAACCAUUGCAUUUAUAGAUAGUUCCAAAUUUGUGUAGAUUGGUAAAUUAAUAAGCAAUAUAAUAAGCAAUUAAAUAAUAAUAAGAAUUUCAUGAUCAUAAAAUAUUUGAAUAGUUAAUUUCUUAGGUAAUGGCAUAAAUUUAUGAUUAUUAAAAUAAUUUAAAAUAAGAUGUAUUUUAAAUGAUGACAGUAAAGAAAGAAUCUUAGGCAUGUAAGAAAAAGAAAUCAGAAGCUUAAUUAUAAUUGGAUAUAAUAAAACUAGCAAAAACACUUAUAUAAUUUGAUGUUGUUAAUUUAAUAAAUAGAAAGGAUAUUUACAGUGAAAUAUUAUAACCUUUAAUAACAUUUUUAGAAUAUGAUAAAAAUAAUUAUGUAUUAUCUUAUUUGAUAAAUUGUUAAAGGGAAGAAGCAUUAAAAAGAGCAAAGUAUUCAAAUAAAUUGAUUUCAACAAUGAAAGGAAUGGUAACAGGAGCAAUAGAUGUAGGAAGAGCAAUAGUUAAUGUAGUUGUAAGAAAGAAAUAAGAUCUUGAAGAAGAAUUUGCUGAAUAGACUUUGUUUUCAAAACAUCCUAUUACUGCUAGUUUAUUAACAAUAACUUCAAAAAUAUAAAGUUUGAAUACUGAGAAAGGAGAAGAGACAUAUUAAAUAGAUAUAGAAUAAAAAAUGCAAGUUUGUGAGUUAUUGAUAUUUUUUUAAGAAAUGAGAUUAGACUUUUUAAUAACAAAUUUUUUAGCAUUUUAUGCAUUAAAAUAGAAAAAGAAAUCUAAUAAAUUAAAAAAUGAAUUAGAAUUUGAUUUAUUAUAGGUUUUACCUCCUACUUUGAGAACUGGAAUUGAAGAACCAACUAAAUAAGGUGCUAAAAAUAUAAUUUAAUGGUUUUGUGAUAUUGUUUCAAGAAUGGGUAGAUUUUUAAAUAAGAAAUUUACUAAUUUUACAAAAGAAUAAGAAAUGCCAGAUUUAGAUACUUUAAUGAGUGGUGCAAAUAAAGAUUUAGUUAAAGAAGCUGUUUUACCAUCUUUAUUAAUAGUAUUUCAUAUUUCAAGUGAUUGUUUAUUAUUAGAUAAAGUAGUCGAAGUUACAAGAAGAUGUUUCUCUUAAAAAUUAGAGUUAUUUGAAAAAAUGAGAGAUCUUGAAAUAUUGUUUGAUUAGACUGAAAUUAAUUGUUAUUAAAAAAUGGUUUAAUUAUUAAGUAGAUUAAGAACAUUAACUGAAUCAUCUGAAGUUUGGAUUAAUAAUUUCCAUACUUAAUCAACAGAAAAAGGAUCACAAAAUGAACUAAAAGAAUUAUAUGAAGUUUAAAAUAUUACAAAAGAUCUUGAUUCUCUUUUAUACAAACACACAACUGUAACACCAAAUUUAGAAAUCAUUACUUAAGAUCAUUUCUUAUAAAUUUCAACAAGUAGAUAAAAAGUAUUCAAUUUUCUUAAUGGACACACUCCAUUAAUCAAUUUUUUAAGAGAUUCAUAAAAUUAAUUAUGUGAUUUUCUCAAAGGAAAUUAUAAUAGAGAAUGGUAAUAAACAGUUUCAGAAUUACUUAAAACAAUAUAUGAAUGUUUAACUAAUUUUUGUAAAGGAAAUAGACCUAAUCAAAAUUUAUUAUCUUAACAUUUUGAUCUUUUUGUUGAUGAAAUAGAAAUUGAUUUUGGAUAGACUACAUUAAUAUGUACAAUAUAUGAAGAUAAUAAAUUUUUAUGUGAGAAUAUUCCAGAUUCCAGAAUUUAAUUAUUUUUAAAUUAUAAUAGAGAAUUGGGAAGACAGAGUAGAUUUUUAGAAUUAUUAAAAACAAUAUAAAUUUGUUAAGAAUAAAGUCUUGUUGAGAAUCAAUUAAAAAUUUUAUCAUUUUUAUUGCCUCAUUAAAAGGAGGAAAACAGAAAAGAUUAUGAAUAUUUAUUAUGGGGAUAAUUUACAAAAGAUUCUAAAGGAAUUGAAUUCAAUUUCUUUAAUGAUGGAUAAGAUAAGGAUAAAAAACAUUAACCAUAUAAAUAUCAUUGUAAAUUGAUUGAUUUACUCUUGCAAACAACAUAAGGAGAGGAGAGUUAUAAAUUAAAUACUCCAAAAUUAAAAUAAAUAUUUUCUCUAGGAUAUUUAGUAAAUUUUUUAGCUGAAGAUAAUGAUGAAUUCAUUGAAGGUUAUCAUAAAAAUGGAACAAAAGAAGCAAAUUAACUUAAAAUUAAAGUUAUUUUAUUUAUAAAUUGGAUUUAUAUUUAAAAUAGUUUAACAUAAUAAGAGGUAAUGAUUAAAGAAUAAGCAAAUUUUAAUAAAUUAUUUAAUAAAGAGAGAGAGAGAUUGGAAAUAUUAGAAUCACGACCAAAUAGAAAUGACUAUCUUAAAUAUUUCUUUGAUCAUCUAAUUCCAUUGUUCGGAAACUUUGCCAAUAAAAUUUAUGCUCAAGAGAAAGCAUAACGAGAUGAUAAUUAUGAGUAAUAUUUAUAUAUAUUUUUAUAGUGUAUUAAAACAAAUUUUAGAAAAAAUAGCUGAGUUGUCAGAUAAAAUAUUGUAUUAAUAUCUAACCAAAAAUUAAUACAAUUCUUUAUUUAAGUUUUAUAAACCAUUUGAAGAGACUACAAAUAGAUUAUAAAUGAAUUUUUCUGCUGCUAUCAAUGAUCAAAAUGAAGUACUUUCAAGCAAUAAAAAGUCUGUGUAUGAACCUCCACCUCCAGAAUUCAUGAGAUCUUCUUUGAAAAAGAAUUAAGUUAUGACAAUUUUUAAUAAAAAAGAGAAAUCUUUUUUAACUGAAUAAUUUAAAAUACCAAAUUCUAAUGAUAAAUCUAAGAUGUCAAGAAAUAAAUUUUCAUAAACUUCUUAAUAAUUAUGGGUGAAUAAACCAAAUUGGUUCUAGUUUUUAGACAUGUGCGAAUAAAGUUAAGUAUUAUAGGAUUAAAUAAAAUAAGAAUUACAUACUUUGGCUAGUGCUAUUUUCAACAUAGACAAACUUGUUUCAGAUAAAAUGAAUACAAAUUAGAGCAAUUCUGUAAAUCUUGACUUUAAGGGAUUCUUAAAGAAAUAUAUAAGAUUUGUUGAAUAAGGAAUUAUUAAUAAAGCUGGCAAAAAGAAUUUAAUCUAUUCUUUAUAAUUAUUAGAAGAAUUAUUGAAUAUUAAUGAUUUAGAAGAGAUGCAAAAUCUAUUUGAUUAAUAAAAUGCAACAAGAAUGGUUUUGAAUAUAAUAGCAGAUUAUAAAAUUUAUCCAUUUGAUGAUGAUUUUUUUAAUUAAUUAUUAAGUUUUGGUUGUAAACUUCUAUAGGGUGGUAAUCCAAAAGUAUAAAAGACUAUAUUCAACUAUUUUUCAACAUAUAGUCGAUCAGAAAAUAUAUUUAGUAAAUUAAACAUGGUUAUCAAUGAUCAUAUUGAAGAAUUGAAUAUGAAAUAUAAGAUAUAGAAUGAAAUAGAGAAAGAAGAAAAAUAAUAAUAAAUAUUGUAAUUAGAUACAGAACCUUAAGCUUAAUAAGAUUAAAUUAAUGAUCAUUUACAAGAAAUGCAAUUCAAAUAAAAACUAAAAGAGUCUUUAUUGAUAAAUGUACUUAGGUUUGUCUAAUUAUUUUGUGAAGGUCAUAAUUUAGAUUUACAAAAUUACAUAAGAUAAUAAUUUAAUUCAAGAAAUAAUUAUAAUCUUGUUUCAAGUAUUAUAGAAUUACUUUAUAUGUAUCAUUUAGAGUUAACAAAUGAAAAUUAUGAAAAUAUUUUGAGAUGUUUAGAUACAUUAACAGAAUUUGUUUAAGGACCUUGUUGUUAAAAUUAAUAAACUAUAAUAGAUAGCAAAUUUUUAGAAGUUGCCAAUACUUUGUUGGCUACUCAAGCUACUAAAACAAAAUCAAAAGAGCAUGGUUCUAAAUCAUAUUUUAGUUAAGAUGAAUAAAGUAAUUAAAAAAAUAGUUCUUCUAAUUUGUCUGUUGGUAAAAUCAGAUCUGGUAAAUAAUUUAAGAAUAACAGAAUCAAUAUAAAAAAAUAUAUGUUAGAGAGAAUUAAGUAUAAAGUAAUGGUUUUAGUUACAAGUUUAUUAGAAUUGAAUUCUGAUAGCUUAGCAAUCAAAAGAAUAAUGAGAUCAUUGCCCAUUGAAAUUUUAAAGAAGAAUUUAACUUAAAUUUAUAAGCGACAUAAAAAACUUUAUGGGCCUACAUACACUUAAGAUGCAUUAAAACAUGUAUAUAAAAUAAUAAAAUUAGAUCGACGAGGAUCCUGAGGGAAACGAUUAGAAACCAGAAUAUCAUGAAGCCAUUUUAGAAACUGGAUUUUAUAUAUACUUUUUAAUUUUAUAUUAUUAUGAAUUAGAUACUCAAGAAAUUGAUUAAGAAACAUCAACAGAAUUAUAGAAAGCCAAAAAUAGUUUAUUUGAUAAAAACCUAUUUAUGGAUUCAUUAAUAGGAUAAUUAUUCACAUUUGCUUUUGCCAUAAUAGGAGGUGUGUUAACUACUAUAAGUUAAGCCAAAAAUUAUUUGUAAAAGGCUGUGGAGAAAAUUGGUUAAAAAAUUGACUCAACUGAAAUAGAUAAGAAAAAUUAAAAAUAAAAAGAAAUCAAUUAAGAGAUUUUUAGAGAAACAAUCUAAUUCUUUGCUUAUAAUUCAGCUCAUAUUGAAGUUGUUAGGAAUAAUUAAAUAGAAAGAAUUUAAUUUUAUAAACCACCUUAUUGUAAAUACCUUCCAAAAGAAAGAAAAAAAGAAUUUCAUGAGACAGUAAAUAGAGAUUCAACAAAUUCAAAAAUAUCUGAUUUAAUUGAAUAAACAGAUAGCAUAAUUGAAGUAUGUAAACAUGAAGAAAAACUAGCUGUCUUCUUUAGUAAAAAUAAAUUCAUUGCAAUAUUCGCUAAUUAUGUAAUACUUUGGAAAGAUUUGGCAUUUAUACUUACUUUAUUAUUAAAUUUGUUUAUCAUAUUGUCUUAUGCUGAUAAUGAGAAUUCAAACUCUUAAACAGAUGAAGUAGAAAGUAUUUAAACAAUUAGAAAGAAUAGAAUUAGUAAUCCUAUAUUAUUGAAUUCUAAUCUGACUGUUUAAGAAACAGAAUCCUUAUUUUUUAUUUGUGGGAUAAUCAUGAUUGUAUGCUCAACUUUUGUGGUGUUAUUCUUCUUAUUAAAGAAAGCUCCAUUGUAUAUAAAAGAAUCCUAUAAGAAGUAAGAUUUAAGUGAAUAUGGAGUACUUAUCAAUUCCUUGUUUUAGAUUUUCAACUUUUCUUAUAGCAUUGCAAGUGUGCUUCUAAAUAUUGAAAUUCUUUAUUAUUUAUCAUAUGGAACUUUAGCAUUUUUAGCUACUUUUUAUCAUCCUUUUUUCUUUUCUUUUCAUCUAACAGAAAUUGUUAUACGAUUCCCUCAAUUACGUAAUAUUAUUAAAAGCUUUUGGGAACCUAAAUUAUCAUUAUUACUUACAUUUAUUCUAAUUAUAUUAUUUAAUUACUUUUUUACUUUAUUUGCAUACAUAUUCUUUUAUGAUGAUUAUUCAGGGAAAUGUGAAAGUUUAUUAUAUUGCUUUUUAGAAACAUUUGAUAAAGCUUUUAAAAACAAUGGAGGAAUAGGAGGUUGGUUAGAUUCUAAUUAACCUUAAGAUCCUGGAGAUUAUAACUAUGGUAGAUUCUUUUUUGAUAAUCUUUACAAUAUUAUAAUUGUGAUUAUCAUGAUUCAAAUAUUUUCAGGAAUCAUUAUUGAUACUUUCUCUUCUUUGAGAGAGAAGUAAAUGUAAAGAGAUUAAGAUAUACAAGAAACUUGUUUUAUUUGUGGAUUUAGUAGGUAAUUUUUAUGUGUUAUAAUAAUAUAGAGAGUUAUUUGAUAGAAAAUCUGAAGCUGGUUUCAAAUUGCAUACAUAAUAUGAACAUUAUAUGUGGAAUUAUGUGUUUUAUAUAUCAUAUUUGAAGGAUAAAGAAUCUACUGAAUAUACUGGUAUUGAAUCAUAUAUUGCUAAAAAAUUGAAGAAUUAUGAUAACUCUUGGAUACCAAUAAAUAAGGCAAUGGUAUUAAAAAAUAUGGUUUUGGAAUCUUAGCAUUAUGAAACAGAAAAAUUGUAGGAUGUAUAAAGAGAAAUGGAUCAUAUUAAGAAAACUACUUUUGAGAUUUCAAAAGCAAUGGAAGAAUUAAACAUUCAUUUAUUAAAUAAAUAAUUACUUAAUUAAGAGAAGUGA